GAUAAAAUAAAGUACACGAGUUACAGCAGCAGAAAGAGAACGUGCAGGACUCAUUCAAGCUGAGCCGUGGUUGGUCUAGGAGGGCAAGCAAAUCAGGCACAUUACAUACCUACACGGCUACCUGCGCUCCCUACCUAACCUUAGCCUUGCUAGAAUUUCUUGAAAUGAAGAAAGGGCGGCCCGCCAUCUCACUCGCCUUCUCACGACGAUUUUAUUCUUCAUGCCGGAAUCUACCACCGAAGGCUUUUGGUUCCCCGGCGACGUUGCUUGUCGCAAGAACCUCACAACAAUAUUAUUUUCCUCGCCCACAACAGCAUCCAGUACAUAUCGCUUUCUCUGACCUUACCGACACAUACACUGGGAAAAACCAACCGUUUGAUCUCCCGGUUACAAAGAGGCCAGCGUCGACCCCCGAUCGCCAGCAUUCUCAAAGAGUGCCAUUAAAUCCACGCCGGUGUCAGGCGCGACAAAAAAUCCCUGCGCGAUUCGAACACGAGAGGAUCUCACAGAAGUUUGGUGAGCCUGAACGGAACCCAACCGGAUCACCACGUACCGAACGGGCUUCGUAUUCUCUACAACAUACCAAAAUGGACCCGAGUCAACCAUGGAACUGGCGCCAACGGGGCCAGGGCCAGGGCCAGGGAGAACAUACCCCGCCAAUACCUAACGUUCCGAACCCAUUCGGCAUGCCGUUCAGUAUGCCACCGAAUUUCAACACCGGGUGGAUGCAGCCGACAUUCCAGAAUCCCUUCUCUCAACCAGGCUUCCCUCAACCAGGCGAACCGCAGCAGCAAAACGACGGUAGGGCUUGGGCUUAUGCUACGUUCGGCCUCGCAGCGCUCCCCCGGCCAUUCUCUCAAGGACCCCUCCAGCAAAACGAUGGCAGAGGUCAGGGUCACGCGCCCUUUGGUCGCGCAGAGGACCAGCGUCAUUUCUCCCAAAGUAACCAAGCCCGCCCGCAGAGUGAUCGCAGAGGCCGUGGUCAGGCGCAACCCAGUCAACCACCCUCGUGGGGCCCUUCUCGAACUGGCCAGCCUCGCCAACGGGACAGUGCUCGGCGCCAGGGCGAAGGGGACUUUUAUCGCCCAUCGCCUCAAUUCGCUGCCCCCCAAACCAACCAGGAGAAUCGACAGUAUGGGGGCGAAGCCCGGGGAGACGGUGAGGACCACCCCUCACGUCGCAGGGAACGGCAGCGGAACCGAAGGCGGGCCACUGCUCCUGUGUGGAAUUUUCCCGAGAACCCCCCUCUUCCCUUCCCCAUGGACAGCCCAGCCACGGGCCCCUUCCGUUCUACCAGACCGGUCCGGCAGCAGAACAACCAGCUCACCACCGGGGGAGGCAACCCUGCCUCGCUCCCACCCCGUCCCGACACCAACACCAAAGUCAAGAAAAAGAAGGGCGGACCCCCACCAUACGUCGCGCGCGCGAACGCCAACAAAAGCCUCCAGCGCAGCCCGCCCAGCGCCACCGAGAUCCGCGACACCAUCUCCGCGCCCUCCGCCGCAUCCGGCGGCAUCCCCGAGCCCACAGCUGAAUACCUCCAACGCGCCUCCUUCAUGACCUACCGCCUCACGACCCCGCAACCCAUGCUCGUGGUAAUCGACCUCAACGGCACACUCCUCUUCCGCCCCAACAAGCGGCAAGCCUCCGCCUUCGUCGAGCGGCCGCUCGCGCGCGCCUUUUUGCAGCGCUGCAUCGACAGGCACCACGUCGUCAUCUGGUCGUCGGCGCGGCCCGACAACGUGCGCCGCAUGUGCGCCCAGCUGCUCCCGCCCGCCUACCUCGCCCGCGUCGUCGCCGUCUGGGGCCGCGACCGCUUCGGCCUGAGCCCGGACGACUACAACCGCCGCACCCAGUGCUACAAGCGCCUGACCCGCCUGUGGGAGGACCCCGUCGUCGCCGCGUCGCACCCGCUGGCGGCGGCGCGCUCUCCCGGUUCGGCCGAGGGCGAGGGCGAGGGUUCCGAUACGGAGGGCCUGGGACCCGGCGAGAGUGUCGGCGGCGGCAGCGGUAGUGGGGUGUGGAGCCAGGCCAACACGGUGCUGAUCGACGACAGCGCGGAGAAGGCGCGCAGCGAGCCGCACAACGCCGUGACGCUGCCCGAGUUCGCGGGGGACCUCAAGGAGACGCCGCAGGUGCUGCCGCUGGUGGAGGAGUACCUCGACGCCCUGUCGUUCCAGGGCGAUAUCAGCACCUACAUCAAGGUCCGGCCGUUCAAGAUGGGGGAAGGCCAGCCUGUGGCGGUUGUGCAGGAGUCGUCUUGAGGAAGGGGACGUCAAUUUCUUUUUUUGGGGCUAGGCUGUGUGCGAUGGAUGGGAGGGCGCUAUCGCUGCUGUGAAGGAAAAUCGUAGAGGGAGCAUUGUGCCAUAUGUGAGCGGGCGAUAUAUGAGCGGGAGCUGCCCAACAGUUUGGAGUUUUGUAGCGAGACUUGAUACCCCUUGGAAGUUAGAGGAAGGAAUACACACACGUCUCAAGCA